UUAUGUUUUUAGGAAGCUUUGUAAUAACUCAAUAGCAGCAGUUAAGGCGGGUGAUCUUCCACCGACACUAACAUAUCUCGACUUGAGUCUUAAUCAAAUCAAGGAAAUCAACGAAGGAGUCUUCCCAGAUGGCAUAAGAAGCCUACAUAUUUCAGAAAAUCAUCUGACAGAGAUAAACGCAAACACGAUCCCGUUCCAAUGCUACAGGCGUUGCCUCAAAAUCGAAUCUGCAAUAUCAGAGAUGGAACAUUUGACGUCAGACUCAGAACUAACCUGUCCGAUAACUGGUUCACAGAAGUUAACCAAACCACGUUAGUUUGUCCUCCAAAUCUAGAGAUUUUGAUUUUGUCGAAUAACAACAUAACCCUCUUGUCACCGGAAUCCUUUCUUCAUGCAAAUAACCUUCGACAAUUGGAAAUUGCACAGAUAAAUGUCAAGGAACUGGAUAUGAGCAUUUUCUUACAAGCGCCCCCCGAAAUAGAAAUAGUAUUGUCUCAGAUGGGCUCGUCUAACUUGAUAUUCACGGUAUCUGGGAUGGCUGCCUCUCAACUGGCUACAGAAGGAUACAUAUGCCGUCGCGGUUUAGGAUUAUCGUCAUGCCAAGGAUGCCCAGUAGGCAAAUACAUGCUGGAUAACGUCUGCAAAAGCUGUCCUCGUGGUGGUUUUUAUCAAGAUGAAAUUGCUGAGUUUCGAAUGAACACGUAUGGAAAUGGCUGCAAGCUCUGUCCGGAAGGAAAAUUUUCAAAGAACCCUGGAGCAACAUCUCGGCAAGAUUGUCAAGGGUGCCCGCUCGGGACCAAGUCAGAUUUUGCAGCAUUCCGUGCAUGUUCCUGCCGAGAUAAAUACUACCGUUUUGAUCGGUUCGGAGGGUGUUUCCCCUGUCCUACAUACUACAUAUGCAGCAAUGAAACAUUCACUUUAGCUCCUGGCUACUAUUGGGAAUGGGAGUCACACAAGCACCUUGAACACUUCGAAAGUUUUAGAUGGAACUUGAACGAUAGAAGUGCGUCGUCCGAUGCAAUGACCAGCGCGUUCAACUCAGCAGUACUUCCCGUGGCAUACCAAUGCCCCAUACGCGAGUCCUGUCUGGGUGGUCUGCAUGGGGCGUGUAGCAUGGGUUACAGCGGCCCUUUGUGUGCUGUUUGCUCCAGCGGAUACUACAAGCACGCCAACAAGUGUGUCAAGUGCAAGUCCCUUCUACAGUGGUCGGUGGGACUCAGUCUUUGCCUUUGCAUUUGGGUGAUUCUUGUUAUCAUGGUAUGGCUUAGCAUACCACCACCAAGUAAUAAGCGUUCAGUCUGUGAUAUAAUAAUGGCAAACACUAAGAUCAUACUCGGUUUCUAUCAGCUCUCCGUGGAAUCGAGACCACUGAUGCAGGGCACUGAUCUUGAAGGACCUUUUUACACUUUUCUGAGUUACUCCAACAUUGUACAGCUCGGCUUCUCGGGGACAUUCCCUCUUCAUUGCCUUAACACUGACUUCAAGUUCAACGCAGCGACCAAGUUUGCCAUCGCGGUCAUGUCGAACGUGCUAGUAAUCUUAGCCGGUACUCUGAUGUACAAGGUAUGGGGCUGGGUCUUAACGAAGCGCAAGAACAAAGAAUCGCCACAACGCCCACAAGCUUCGCGAGGAAAGCAACGCAUUGUGGGUAUCACUUGCCUCCUGUUAUUCGUCAUGUAUCCAUCCACAUGUUAUCACAUCUUCAGUGUGCUACCGCUGACCUGCCAAGAGAUCUGCACCUCCCGCUCAAACUGCGAGUCGUUUCUGGUCGCCGACUUUACAGUUUCCUGUAACAAGCCUGGCUUUACCAUUCUCACCGUCUUUGCCUGUGUUUCCUUUCUCCACGUCCUCGGCUUUCCAAUGGCGGUUCUAAUUCUCUUGAGGCACAAAUUCAAAGCUAAAAAGCGCAACAAAGUACCAGAGAUCGGGCUUGGUAUGCGUUUCCUAUACGAAGAUUACAAAUCGCAGUAUUUUUACUGGGAGUUCUUGGAGCUAAUACGGAAGCUGGUGGUGACUGCUGUUCUAGUUUUCCUGGGCAUGCAAAGCAAGUUGACGGCCGGAAUUGUGGGUAUCGUGUCCGGGUCUUACGCAGUGUUGUACUCACACGUUAAGCCUGCUGCAGAACCCUUUCAGCACUGGCUCCAGGUGUUAUCACUGCUGGUGACCAUGGUAACGACCCAAAUAAUUGUGCUGGCUAGGAUCCCUGUGGUCGAGGAGUCGUUACCGGUGGAUGCCAAGGCGGACGAGCAGGGAAUUCAAGGGAUGAUCUUCCUGGCGAAAUACGCAGGUCUCAUCGUCAUACCGGCUUUUUUCGUCACUCUAACCAUCCAACUGGUGCGUCGCUCGAGGCAUAUGAGCUGGGAGGCCCCUGCAAGUUACGAUUAAUAGUAAAGGCUUAGCUAGGAUCGAGGGCUGGAGGACAGAGUUUGUUAGGCUUAAGUCUUAUAAUAAAACCACAGUCUUCUCUAAAUCGGCUGAAAUGUGCCUGAAAUGUGUUACUUUUACUGUUUUUACUAUAACCCGAAAAAGUUACGUUGCGUAAUCUAAGCUGUUACCCGAUGUAAUGCAAACAGAUUUCGACGGCCUAGUCGAAACGAUUUUUAUUAGUCGGACACGUUUCGCUUAGCGCGUCGUAGUCUGUCCGGGUUACGCAACUUGUCCGGAGUGCGCGUCGUUAAAUAAGGCACAUUUUAGCCAAUUAACAGAGGAUCUCGUGGUUUUAUUAUUAGAAUUUAACCUAAAAAUUAUGUUCGUCCAGCCCUUGCAGGAUAUAUCUUAGAACUACGCUAUUAGAUUAUACAAGCCAAGACGUUAUUUCUAUAAUCGGCGUAUCAUAAUUUAAAGAGUGUUCAAUUUAUAAAAAACGAUAUUCAAGACUUCCAGUUCUAGAUAAUAGAUAGUAGAAUAAUAGAAGGAGAAAACAUUAUCCACAUUUCAUAGUAAUUAUUGAUUAAUCAUAGUUAAACAAGUUUAAAAAAAUAUGUAUACUUAAAUAAUUCCAAAUCAAGUCCAGGUCAACAGAUGGUAGACGUAUAAACAAUGUUCAUUGUGCACUGUUGUUAGAGUUUGGGCUCGGUCUACUGACAUUCUAUCGGCAAAAUCAAAAUAAAAAAGACUCAAACACAA